UGUGACCUGGCCGUGUGGCACCAAAUUGCACGGGCAAGCCACACUGGCCGUGUAAGGGACCCCUUGUGGUCGUGUGGAAAGUCCAGGGAGCUCACAUGAGCAGCCUGGAAAUCCACACGGCCGUGUGGUUUUGGCCGUGUAGCGUACCUGAAGCCACUUAAGUGAAACCCGACGUUUUGCACACUCACACGGGCAGCUGGGAAAGCCACACGGCCGUGUGGUCGGGAAAUUCUGGGUUUUAACCCAAUUUCGAGCCAAAGUAGAGGGAAUCGACUUUUUGGAGCAAAAAUAGAGCCCUAGAGAGAGAAAGUGCGAAGAACACAUCCUAGAAGUGAUUUUGGAGCUGGGUUUCAUCAAUCGAGCUUGGAGAUCAUCACAGGAGUGAAGAUUGACAUCCCAGAGCAGAUUCUUCCCAUUGUUAUGAGUAUGACUACUUUGUAUUUUGUUUCCCUCUCUCUCUAUGGAGUAUAACUCUCUCUCACUUGGGUAUGAAGAACCCUAGUUCCAUGUGUUAGGAAUCUUGAUUGUAAUUACGUUCGGAUUGUGAUAUUGCUUGAUUAUAAUCGAUUGAAGUGUUUUGAAUGAGUCAAUUGAAGUCUGAUAAUCUUUUAUUGAUUUCUGCUGCAACCUGAGAUAGAUAGAAUCUGAUUAGGUUGUUAGAGCUUCUUCAAUCGGUAGUAGUGAAUCGAUUAUACGAGAGUUAGUCAAUUCACUACUUUGUACUGGAAUCUAAUUCCAGUAGUGGAGUUCUGUGUUCAAUGCCUCAGUGUUCUAUCCCGGUAAAGACUAGUCGUCUGCCGGGUAGUUUGACUGAGAGGGCUUGGUCAGCUAAAGAGAUUCCAAGCUACUGUCGGAUCUUCCGCAGUAUAAUCAGCAGUAAAGCAACCAAAAGUAAUUACAAUUGUGACCUAACUAAGGAGCUAGGGGGGCUCAUUCCUGAGUGACUCUUCCUUUGCUUUAGAAAACCGAACCAUUUCCUGCUUUCUUACUGCUUUUACUUAAAUCAACAAUCAAUCAACUUAGUUUGCUAGAUAAUAGAUAAUCACGGAGUAAGCAGUAGAUCUAGACCCCGGGUUGACAAUUAGAGCUUGCCUGUUACUGCAUUUCCGGACUGCGAUUACGCUUGGUCCCAGUUUGGUGUUGUGUUUUGGCGUGUCACGACGCAUGUCUUACUUGGGAGGCUGUGGCAAUUUGAUCGAAGUGCUCAACAUGACGGCGUUACCAACAAAUACACAUUGAAUCAACAAGGUAAGAAGAUAGUAUUGAAGCCCCUAUCUCCUAGCGAAGUGUACGAAGAUCAAUUACAAAUGCAACAAAUGCGAGAAGGGAUUGCCACUCAACCAAAAGAUCUAGUUCAAGAGGUAACACCUAGGGCACGAGUGGUACUAGAAGAGUUUGAGGAUGUCUUUCCCAAAGAAGCACCAAAAGGAUUACCACCAAUCCAAGGGGCAUCAAAUUGAUUUUGUUCCUGGGGAUACCAUCCCAAACAAGGCAGCCUAUAGGAUGAAUCCAGAGGAGACAAAUGAUUUGCAAAGACAAACCGAUAAGCUUAUGGAGAAAGGACAUGUUCGUCAAAGCACGAGUCCUUUUGCGGUUCUUGUCAUCCUCGUGCCUAAGAAGGACUAUACAUGGAGGAUGGGUGUUGAUUGCUGAGAAGUCAACCAAAUAACUGUUAAGUAUCGUCAUCCUAUUCCUUGGUUAGAUGACAUGCUUGAUGAUUUACAUGGUUCUAGCAUGUUUUCAAAGAUUGCACUAAGGUCUGGUUAUCACCAAAUUUGCAUGAAGGAAGGAGACGAGUCAACACCUAUUGGAAUAGAUUUUGUUAUUAGAGAUGUCAUCCUACAUCAUAAAAAUUCUUCCAUGGGCAUUUUCAAUACACCAAGUACACCCAAACACCAAAUUAUGACUUUGAGCAUGGUCCAAGCUCUUCUCAAAGCAAGUCAAUUGAAAUGGGAGAGGAUGGAGUGAUUGUUCAACAUGUGGCAUUUGUUAUUGGAGAUAAAGUGUCAUGCAAGGAGGCUCAUAUUAGAGAGAGACAAAGAAUUCAAGAGUUUGUGGAUAAACUUGUCAUUCAAGGUGCAUAUUCAAGUUGGGAAAUAAAGAAGUCACGGGAGAGCAUCUAUAUGUUGCAGCAGGAUUUGAGGGCAAAUCUUUUCAAGAGGGAGGGAAUGAUGAGACCCCUCUCACCCCACAUUACGUUACUCAAGCCCAAAUUAGAUCUCUAUGUGGAUCAUGGGUUAAGAAACGAUUUAAGAUGUUUAAAGAGAGUUUGAGAGCAUUUAAGGUGGGUGAAAAAGGCUCUACAAGAAAGGCUUACGAGUUUGUUGUUGUGAAAUCGAUUGGCAAACAUAUAAUUCUCGUGGUCCAAAAAUGAAGGUCCGAGUACAACGACACAAGGAUCAAAUGAGAUCGUUCUUGAUGGACAUGGAUUUGCAUAGAGGGAAGCCCAUCGCAUUGCUUCAAUUCGGGAUCAAAAUCAUGAGAAGAUGGGCUUGGAAGACGGAGUAGAAGAUUUGGCUCAGAAGGAAGGAAUACCCCCAUGGUCUGAACACAAGGUGUGAACAAAAUGUGAGAGGAAUACAAGUGUGAAAGGAAUAUUAGGUUUGAACACAAGCCAUGUGAGGGAGGAUUUUAAGGCUAGAAUUGGGUUGAAAAAGUCAAAUUUGUUUCCUUUUCUUUUUAGGACUUUGUUUACUUGUUUGUUAAGGUUUUUGUUUUCCUUUUUCACGUAGGAUUUGUUUAUCCUUAGUAGUUUUGGAUGUAAAUUCGUUGCCUAUAUAAGGUGGCCAAACUAUUGUAUUUUUCAUUCAAGUUUUCAGCAAUCCAAUAGAGUAAUUUCAAGUUCAAGUGAAUGGUUUUGCGUAAUCUCUCCUUUGAGGACUCGAGAGAAUUGAGUGGUCUCUUACAAACUAGAGAACGCGUCUAGUUGUGGCGAGCAUUAAUGAUAUCGGUUGGCCUCUUCCUAGGGUUCGAGAUUGUUUGGAAGGUUUCAUAUGACUUCUGGCCCUUCUCACAAGUUUGGAUUUGUUUGAUCAGUUCCGCAUUUAUCUUUAAUUUUCGUGUCAUUGAAGAAAGAAGAAAAUCCCUAAAAAGUUCGACGUGUUCAACUCUGGUGUUUGGUCCGAUUUCGGAGGAUUCUUGAAUUAGGAUCAUAACAAAAGAUAUCAGUUGAAAGACGAUAUUCACAAAGUCUUAAAAAACAGCAGGCAUAAUAGUAAAAUGGCGUCUAUGGUGCCAUUUCUUCCGCCGUUCUACCCUAGAGUUUUCUUAUCGGUUCUAAACUGUGAGUUACUUUGUGAGUAGGGUAACUACCAUGUAUGACUUUAUGUCUCGAAUGGUGGUCGUGAGGAUCUAUUUAUAGUAUUUACAUAAGGUUUUUUGAGAGAGAAAGUAAGAGUGAACCUCUUCUGGCUGAAUCCCUUUGGCUUUUCCUCAGCUUAGCCUCUAAUUAAAGUAAAUUUGCAAA